CAGUGGGAGGCAGCAAUGCACUAACAGUGCCUAGUCUGCCGGAAAGGAACAAAAGAAGAAUACUACGGUAGCAGCGAAAGGCCUCAUUGUAGUCCGUGAGCGCUUUUCAAAAUCUAUUUUUCAUUCUGCUAAGUUAUUACUAUGGAGUCUAGCGAUGCAGGGCGAGGAGGAUGGAAGUCCAAACCUAUCCAGCCACAGAAAAACAAGAUGAACAUGAAUAUUCUUCGUCAAGAGAAGCUGAUAGCUCAGAAGAAAAAGGAGAUUGAGGCCAAAAUGGCAGAGCAGGCAAAGAUUAAUGUGCAAGCCACCAGCAAACCCAUUCCUCCAAGUUCUCCAACACUUCAAGGACCUUCCUCAAAUAAAUUUGUAAAUGAUGGAAGCUUCUUACAGCAGUUCAUGAAGAUGCAGAAGGAGAAAUCCAACAGUGUGUCUGGUUCCACCAGUGAUACCAAAACUCCCUCAACGUCAUCACCAGGAGGAAACUCACUUCAAAAAAAGAGCAUUCUUGUUGGCAAGCGGCCUGGCCUUGGGGUCAGUAGCAUGCUUAGUCAGUUCAAGAGCUACUCACAGUCCAAGAAGAAUCCUGUUCUCAGCCAGAGACCGAGUGUGUUUUGUUCUCCAGACGAUGAAGACGAGGAAGAAGAGGCUGAUUACUCCAGAUUCUUAGAGAUGAAAGUCUCUCCCCCAGAGGAUUCAGACACCAGACUCAUUAUCGACAAGAUGGCCUCUUUUGUGGCGGAGGGCGGACCUGAGCUGGAAAGAAAAGCCAAAGAAGACUACAAGGACAAUCCUGUUUUCUCAUUUUUAUAUGAUAAGAGCAGCUUGGAGUAUCUCUACUACAAAAACAGAGUUGCCAAUUUGAAAAAGGAUUUGCUAAGACCGGAGAAUACAUCAGAUAAUGUCUCCCCCCCAGUGGACGCGGAAACCCAGCAGGUGGCUGAGAGGCUGGCCAAGUUUGUGGCGGAAGGUGGUCCAGAGGUAGAAACCAUCGCUGCUGAGCGCAACCGAGACAACCCUGCCUUCAGUUUUUUAUAUGAACCCCAAAGUCCAGCCUACCGUUUCUACAAAGAGAAAGUACAGGAGUACCGCGCUGCAGCCUCCCAGAGCUCUCCGCCUCCAGCAGCAGAGUCAAGAACUUCAGACCUUCAGCAACCAGCUGUACCGCCAUUACCAGGAAUCCCUCCACCACUGAAUGCUGCCUUUGUACCCCAAAUACAGGAGGCAGAAACUCCGCCUGUCAAACGAAAGAGAAAGAGUAGAUGGGGUUCAGAGGAUGACAAAGUCGAUUUGCCUAUUCCUCCCAUCAUUAUUCCUCAGGAGAUGAAUAUGCCAGACCCAAACACACCCUGUCUCUCCGCCCAGGAGCUGAGAGGUCUUGGUUAUAAGAAGGGGAAGCCUCAUGGUCUAGUAGGAGUUACAGAACUGUCUGAGGACCAGAAGAGACAACUCAAAGAACAACAAGAGAUGCAAGAGAUGUAUGACUUGAUCAUGAAGCACAAGCGUGCGAUGGCAGAGAUGCAGGUGAUGUGGGAGAAGGCCAUGAGAGACCACCAACAUGAAUACGACAGUGAUGAAGAAGUGGACCAGCAAGCAGGCACCUGGGAGCAUCGUCUCCGACAGAUGGAAAUGGAGAAAACCCGUGAGUGGGCAGAAUCUCUGACAGAAAUGGGUAAAGGGAAACACUUUAUUGGUGACUUCCUGCCCCCUGAAGAGCUAGAAAAGUUCAUGGAGACCUUCAAGGCACUCAAGGAGGGCCGCAACCCAGACUAUUCAGAAUACAAAGAGUUUAAGUUGACGGUGGAGAAUCUUGGUUUCCGAAUGCUUAUGAAGAUGGGCUGGAAGGAAGGUGAAGGCCUUGGCAGUGAAGGACAGGGCAUCAAGGCUCCUGUGAACAAGGGAAUUACCGCUAUGAACGGAGCAGGGUUUGGAGUUGACCGUCCAGCCGAGCUCUCAAAAAAUGACGAUGAAUAUGAUGCUUAUAGAAAGAGGAUGAUGCUUGCUUACCGCUUCAGACCCAACCCACUGAAUAAUCCACGGAGACCAUAUUACUGAUGUAGAAGACUGUUUUUGUUUAUUCUUGUUCUUGUUUAUCAUAACUUCAAAGCAGUUUUCUGCAGCUGCCACAGCUCUGCUCGGUUGUGAAAUGGACACUGUUGCACAAUAGAAAUUAAAAAAUUUGAAGUGUGUGUGGAGACUAGUAGAAAGAUUGGUAGCUUUUCAAUUACGUUUGAGGUUUGAUUUCUUUCUUUUAUUUUUAAUCCAAAUAUGUUUUAUGAUUGAUCACCUGUUUUAUUAUAUUUCAAUUUAAUACUGUAACAACUUAAAAUAUAUACAGUAGACAUACAUUGCCUGACUUCCAUAAUAUUUCCCUCUUCAGUUUGUGUUCCAUUUUGCUCACCUUCAAAGCUUGACUUGACUUUGCAUUCCCAACUGAAUACCCCCAUAUUAGUAUACAAUCUUCUGUAUAAGUCUCAUUUUUUUGCUCACUGUGCUACAACUAAUCUUUGCUUCCCUUCAUUAUAUGCUCCAGUAUUCAGAAUUAAAAAUGGCCACUUACUGAAAUGUG